UGAUAGACUGAAGGGGGGAUAGCCUGCGAUGAGGUAGGCCAAUGAGCAGGGAGGUACACAGGGGCGGACUGACAACUCAUGGGGCCCCCGGGCAAUAGGGGAUCAUGGGGCCCCUGUGUCCUUGCCCAAACUCAAAAAAGUCUAUGAAAAAAGGUACCAGGGGCAUCUCAUGGAGCCCCCUGCUGACCCCGGGCCCUCGGGCAGUGCCCAAGUUUCCAAAUGGUCAGUCUGCCCUU